AUGACUUCCUCUCACGAGAAGUCCCCGGUGAGUUUGUUCCAGGAGUGGUGCGCAAAAAAGUCCAUUAUACCUACAUACGAAGUUAAAGAAUCAGGCAGUUGUCACCCAAAGGUUUUUGUUUGCAAAUUGUUAUUUAAUGAAGAAGUUUUCUGUGCAAACGCUUCAAGCAAAAAGAAAGCUAAACAGGAAUCAGCAUUAAUGGCUUUGAAGAAAGUUUCUGACAAAACAGAGAGGAUUAACUUAAAAUUAAAAAAUCAGAAAGAAAAUGCAGGAAGUUAUAAGUUUGAGAAGAAUUAUGUUGGAGAGUUGCAUGAAAUAACACAGAAACGAUUGUUGCCACCUCCUACUUUCCAAUACCAACAAGAUCAAAAAUCUAAGCAGUAUCUUUGUACAGUCAAUCUUAUGCAGUUGUCCAUGUGUGUGUCCGGGCCAUCUAAAAAACUUUCAAAAAGGAAUGCUUGCAAGAGGUUGUUAGAGGAAUUGAAAAUUGAAGACCUGAACACAACUUUGAACCAGACAGCUCUUUCUUUAGAUGUUUGUUGA